AUGUCUACCAACUCUUAUGAACAUCUACUUCCUCCCAGUUGGAAGGCUCAAGUCACGGGCUGGUUUGCAGAGGAUACACCAUCAUUUGAUUACGGUGGUUAUGUCGUGGGUGAAGUUCACCGCGAAGCAUUUCUUUUUGGGAAAGGCAAACAGACCGCGGUCUUGGCCGGACGGCCCUUCUUCACUGAAGUCUUUGCGCAGCUUGGAUGCGAGGUUGAAUGGCACUUGCAGGAGGGUGAGACUUUCGAGCCCGUCAAGCAUGUCGCUACUGUUCGAGGCAAGGCAAGGCACCUUCUGCUUGGCGAGCGUAUCGCCUUGAAUAUGCUUGCGAGAUGCAGCGGCAUCGCAACUAAAUCUAAACUUAUCAAAGAUCUUGCAGUAGAUUAUGGUUACAAGGGUAUCAUUGCUGGGACCAGGAAGACAACUCCAGGGUUUCGGUUGGUCGAAAAGUAUGGAAUGAUUGUGGGGGGUAUUGACCCUCACCGUCAUGAUCUUUCGAGUAUGAUCAUGCUUAAGGACAAUCAUAUAUGGUCAUCCGGAUCAAUCACCGCCGCAAUCCAACAGGCUCGUGCAGUAGGCGGCUUUAGCUUGUUGCUUGAUGUGGAAGUUGGUUCAGAAGCUGAAGCAGAUGAGGCAAUUGAAGCAGGCGCUGACAUCAUCAUGCUGGACAAUAUGGAAGGGGAACAUCUCGUGAGCGUCGCUCGAAAGCUCAAGGAGAAGUGGGCUGGGAAACGGAAGUUCCUCUUCGAGACGAGCGGUAACAUCACCGAGGCUAACUUGCAGGAGCGUGCAGUCAAUGAUAUCGACAUCCUCAGCACAAGUGUUGUUCAUCAAUCCGUCCAACACAUAGAUUUCAGCUUGAAGAUCCAGAUUCCUAAUUAA